AUGCCAAGCGCCACACCCAUUCGAACAUUUAAAGAUGAUGAAGGAAGCGUAUUAGCAGUCGCAGGUUUCUCUGAUAAACGACGUAUGGUAACAUUGUCGGACGACGGGAUGCUUCGUCUGUGGGACUUGAGGAAAGGCGUUGUGUUGAACAAAACGGAGGGACAUCGUAGGAGCAGCGUGUACGCAUUGGCGGUAUCACGGGAUGGCCAAGUGAUGGCAAGCAGUGGUAGUGGUCAGCUCAUGACCUGGGAUGGAAACACCGGCGAACCUCUUAAUCCUCCUACCCGCGUCGAAUCUCACCUCCAAUCGUUGGACUUCUCUCCAGACGGCACCGUGCUGGCCGCGGGCUGUUGGGAUGAUCCCACCAUACGAGAGUGGGAUUCGUCAACCUGGAAGCAGCGUGUCCGCCUCUGGCAAGUUGCAGAUCAACGAACCAUCGCCAUAUUCAGACACUCUGAUGAGGUGCACUGUGUCACCUUCUCUGCAGAUGAUAGGCACAUCUUCAGUGGAGGCACAGACAACCAGAUUUCAGAGUGGCCUGCAUCCGAGCCUGAGGACGCUUUACCACAGGAUGGUCUGACUCUCAAGGAGCUGGCAACCCUGUAG